AGAGACAGAAACUGGGUAUGGUGUAAAAAAAAUUUCCUCUCAUUCGUAGUACAUACAUUUGGCCGAAAACGCCUACUUCAUUCCGCUGGCCCGUUAAGGCUUUCUCCCAACUUUCUCACCUUCUUCAUCCCUCAACACAUUAUUUUCUGAAGGCGUUCCAAGCGACGUGGUGAAGUUGGUUUUCGCGCCUUAUGCAAGGGUUUUCCGAGACCGGUUCAGGCAGCUCUGAACCAGAAGACUUGUCUAAAAACUAUAAGAGAACCAAAGGAAGCAGACGCUAUGUUCCUCAGAAGAAUUCUGUAGCAUUUGCAUUGUUGAUUACACUUUACAGGGGAAUUGGAAAUGGGAAUGAAUUUAUGCGUAAACAGGAGCUUAUCGAUGCAGCUGAAGCAAGUGGGCUUUCUCGCGUGCCAAUUAUGCCAGAGAAGGGAAAGGGAAAAGCUGGACGCUUUGGGAGUUCUGCAAGGGAGUCGUAUAGUGGAUGGUCCUGCAUGAAGACAUUAGUAACCAAGGGACUGGUUAUCAAAUCAAGUUGCCCAGCAAAGUACAUGCUUAGUCAAGAAGGUCAGGAAGCUGCACGUGAAUGUCUCAUGAGGUCUGGUAUGGAAAACCCCAUUGAAAAAACUGCUAAUGCCAAAGUGCUUUCUGUUCUGGAUGUGGACAAUAUUUCAUCUCAGGAGCUUGCUCAUCCUGACUCAUCCCCAGAAAUGAUAUUGUUAUCCACUAACGUGAGUAGGAAGAAGAAAUCAUUUGAUAUUCCACGGCUGUACAUUAAGAAGAGUCAUCAUGUGCCAAAGUCUAGAUCAGAUGGUUUCAAAGCAAGUUCGAAUGUCUUUUCCUUGCCGCCUCUAAGCUUUGGGGAGAGAUUUGAAGAUGCAUAUGAAGUGAUCUUGAUUUUGGAUGAUCGAGAGCAAUUUGCCACUCGGGGAUCACGACCUGGGAGAAUAAUUGAGAAUGUUCGUACUCAAUUCAAAAUCAAAAUAGAGGUUAGGAGGUUACCAGUUGGAGAUGGAAUCUGGAUAGCUCGUCAUAAACAUCUUGAGAGUGAAUAUGUACUUGAUUUUAUUGUUGAGAGGAAGAAAGUUGAUGAUUUACGUUGUUCAAUCAGAGACAACCGUUACAGGGAUCAGAAACUGAGACUUAUGAGGUGUGGACUUAAGAAACUGAUAUAUCUUCUGGAAGGCGAUCCAAAUUGUUCUGAAGCUGCAGAAAGCAUUAAAACAGCCUGUUUCACAACUGAAAUUUUGGAGGGAUUUGAUGUUCAGAGAACCAUUGGUUUGGCUGAUACACUGAAGAAGUAUGUUUAUCUUACUCAAGCAAUAACUCAAUACUACAAAUCAGAGUACUCUGAGGAACAACAUAGACAUGCCGGGAUUUGCCCCUCUUUUGAUGAAUUUAUCAAAAGGUGUGAAGAACUGGAUAAAAUGACAGUCAGUGAUGUAUUUGCCAUUCAGCUCAUGCAGGUCCCCCAGGUAACUGAGGAAGUUGCCUUAGCUGUUCUGGAUUUGUACCCAACGCUUUUAUCUCUUGCCCGUGCCUACUCUCUACUUGAGGGUGACGUGGCUGCACAAGGGGAGAUGCUUAGAACACAGAGCAACAAUGUUGUCAAUGCGGGUGCUAGUAAAAAUAUUUUUCACUUGGUUUGGGGCAAUUGAUUGUUGCUUAUCUCUCUCCCAUUGUGAAGUACAUUGUUGGAUUAUUGCUCUUGUAAUCUGCAAAUCUUGCACUGUAAAUAAGAUAGCACAGUUAUUGUUAUGAAAGUAGCUUUCUGAUCUGUACAA